ACGGCACGCUCCCUUCCCCUGAGAAAAGUCUUCCCACAGUGGCAUCACCUACAGCAUUAGCAAGAAUCAUUUUUUUGCUUUUCCUCUUGCUUUCCACUCUCUCUCUCACUGAAGACUGAAGAGUAGAGACUAUGAACAUCUUCAAGAAGAAAACCUCGCCUAAAGAUGCUCUGCGAACGAGCAAGAGAGAAAUGGCUGUUGCCACAAGAGGUAUUGAACGGGAGAUUUCGUCUCUUCAGAUGGAGGAGAAGAAAUUGGUGGCAGAAAUCAAGAAAACAGCUAAAACUGGAAAUGAGGCUGCCACCAGAAUCUUAGCUCGUCAACUCGUUCGGCUACGUCAACAGAUAACUAAUUUGCAAGGGAGUCGUGCCCAAAUCAGAGGUGUUGCAACUCAUACACAGGCACUGUAUGCCAGCACUUCAAUUUCUACUGGAAUGAAGGGUGCAACUAAAGCAAUGGUGGCAAUGAACAAGCAAAUGGCACCAGCAAAACAAGCUAAGGUGAUUAAAGAAUUUCAGAUGCAGUCAGCACAAAUGGACAUGACGAUAGAGAUGAUGUCAGAGUCUAUUGAUGAAACUUUAGAUAAAGAUGAGGCUGAGGAGGAAACAGAGGAGCUGACUAACCAGGUGCUCGAUGAGAUUGGUGUGGAUAUUGCAUCCCAGUUAUCUUCAGCUCCAAAAGGCCGGAUUGCAUCAAGAAAUGUUCAAAAUGUUGCUACUAGGCCCCCCGAAUCUCUUGAUGUUGAGAAUCUUGAGAAGAGGUUAGCCUCUCUUCGACGCAUCUGAUCUUGGAAAGCGCUUUGAUAUUCAUGGUGACAUUAGAGUAAAUAAAAACAUGCCAGAGGAUUCAUAUAUAUGUAUUUUAGCCUUUUUAUUUUUGUUUUUUGGUUGGGAUCUUAGAGAACUGAUCAAUGACUUUUCAAUGUAAAAUUAUUAGACAAUUAUAAGACGUACCUCUUCUCCUUUACACUA